AUGCCGAAAGAUAGCGCUCCGUCCUACAACGUGAAAUGGAUGCGCCAUUACUCCCGUGUCACUCCAUUCUUGUUGUACAAUGACGCGAAGGACUCCCUAUUGGUCUGCAUAGCUAAUAUUUUGUUGCUCAGGAGAAAGAUACAACUCAGCAGUGGUACUACGUCUAUUUCCUUCCACCAGUUGUGCAGUUUGAUCAUCCCGUUGGUAAAACGUGUGGAUUCACAAUGGAAGAUGGAGCACGGCUGUAAACCGAAGUGCCGAUUGAAUUCUUUAACCGUUUCACUUGAUGCAGAUAUUGCCAAACUUAUGACACUUUUGUGCAUUCGAGUUUUCCACGGAUGCAUUGCCGGCUCGCGUUACAAGAAUGUGGAAUCCUUCACUUUCGAGAAGCUGAGGUAUCACCUGAUGCUUUAUCAACGCGGUCAGCAGAUGGAAGGAGUACGUUUUGAUGAGCCCGAGGCGACCGCAGCAGAUGCUUUCAUUAAGAAGUACCCCUCGAAAUUGACCGAAAAGGGUCUGCAACUAAUCAGGGCCGAGUUCAAUGCCAAAGCCGUCUCAUUCAACGCAGUGUUCCACCAAAACCGUUUCCUAACGGUAACAUGUAACGACGACACCCUUUUCACCCUUAUGGCGGACGCAAUCUAUGAGCCACGUGGAUGCAUUUGGGAGCAGCUUGACAAGGCCCUGUAUAUGGAUGAACGGUUCAAACCUUACUAUUUAGAUCCUAAUGAAGUUAAGCUACUAACACCACUGGCAACCCCUCGAUGCAGCAUGGAAAGCCCAAGAGCCGUACCUAAGCGUUCGACAUUACCCAAGGUACCUCUUGUAUCCGUCGUGAGGCCAUCCAUUGUCACUGCUCCCACCCGUAAAAACAUCGAUUUCGUUGACUGUGACAAGUCUACUGAAGUGAACAGUGUUGGGAAUUCAGAAGAUGCCAAUAAGCAUAUCACUGAGGGAACAGCUGCAAAGACCACUGUUACCCCGUAUAAAGAGGCACCACUACUACCUCCUACGUUCCACGAUCCAAUUCUCUCAUCAAUGGAUACACCUGUUACUAUUCCACGUCGUACGAAUGAAUUCAGCCAAGCUGGAUCUACUAAGCUGUUGCGCAACGGAACUGGUUCACGUUGUGGAAGGUGGGGAUGCUGGAGGUUUAAGCUUAGAAAUCUGUUUAGAGGCCUUUUAUGCAGGCCAACACGAUAUGUGUGA